AUGCUAAGAGCUCAGAUAAAUGGGUUUAGACAAAAAGACAACGAGUCUUUAUUCGAAGCGUGGGAGAGAUAUAAAGACAUGCUUAGACUCUGUCCACAUCACGGAUUAGAAGAAUGGUUGAUUAUCCAUACCUUCUACAAUCGUCUCCUCAACAAUAUGAGACUUACAAUUGACGCCGUCGCAGGUGGCACACUGAUGGACAAAGCAUAUGAUGAUGCCUAUGCACUUAUCGAGAGUAUGGCUCUGAAUCAUUAUCAAUGGGGAAGUGAGAGAGCUCGAUCAGAGAAAACUUUUAGAGAGAAAUCUUCAACGAAAAGUGGUAUCUACGAGAUAAGUAGCCUCGACCGCGUUAACGCUAAAGUCGAUGCCCUAACUCAGAAGAUCGAAAACCUCACUGUAGAACCUGUAGCCGUUGUGGCUAUUGCUAUCCCAAAUUGUGAAAUUUGCGGAAUGUUUGGACAUGCUGCCCCCGAGUGCCAUCUUUUGACAGUAGUUUCCCCCGAACCAGUAAAAUAUGCUCAAGGAAACCCCUACUCAAACACGUAUAACCCAGGAUGGAAGAAUCACCCUAACUUCUCGUACAAGAACAACAAUGCAUUGUAUGCACCUGGUCAAGCACCCAGUGUACCACCUGGAUAUCAAAAGGCACCCUUCGCUGCAACUAACGUCUCUAGGAAGUCUAACCUAGAACUAAUGAUGGAAAAUUUCAUAGCCACUCAAACUCAGACUAAUAAGGAUUUGAUAAACAAGAAUGUGCACACUAAUGAGCAAAUCAAACAAUUAGCGACUAAAGUAGACUCGUUGGCCACUCACAACAAGAUGCUUGAGACACAAAUAUCUCAAGUGGCACAACAACAAACACUUACUGCCGCACCUGCUGGGACAUUUCCAAGACAGCCACAACCUAACCCAAAAGGACAUGCUCAUGCUAUUAUUCUGCGAAGUGGUAGAGAGAUAGACGAAUCGACUGAUCCUAGGCUUAAAAACCCUGCUAUGUUCCAAAGCCCUAGGAAGACAACUGAGGAGGAAAGUAGACCCAAGGAUAAACCAAGUAAUCCAAAGGAGAAAGAGGACAAGGAUGGCGAGAUAAAGGAAAAAGAAGCGCCACACUGUCGCAGGGAAAAAUCGAAAGCCAUUACCCAAAUGCCCUCAUAUGCUAAGUUCUUAAAAGAAAUCCUAUCGAAUAAGAAGAAACUAGAACACAACAAGACUGUAACACUCACUACCAAAUGUAGUGCAAUAGUUCAAAAUAAAAUGCCACCUAAGCUGAAAGACCCAGGAAGUUUCUCCAUACCUUGCAAUAUAGGAAAAUUUGUCAUAGACAAAGCUCUAUGCGAAUUAGGAGCUAGUAUUAUCCUAAUGCGAGAAACUAAAAAUGGGUGA